UAUUUUGUGUAAAUAAUCAUAGAAGGCUAAAUGAACAAGAAAAUAUUGACAUUUGAGAAGAUCUUUUUUUAGAUCAACAUCAACGUGUAUAUAUUUUAUCGGAACAUAAACACAUAAAAACGAAGCAAACAUUUUUAAUAAGAGUCCCUUAAAUUUUGUAAUUAAGGGAUUGUUACCAUAAUAUAUGCAUUUUUUUGUGGGACAAUUUAAAAUGAAAAAAUAAAAUUCUGUUCUCUGGUGGACAAACUAUAUAAUGGCGACACUGUUUCGUAAUUCACAUGUAUGUCAGUUUAAUGUUAUUAGACUCUGUCUUCAAAUCAUAUUUGUCUUUUGAAGCAAGAGAAAAAAACUAGCACACUGUCAUAAUUGUGUCAUUCCUUGACAUGUUAAAUAAAUACUAAAAAAACAAUUAUAAUCUAAAGUAUAAAUAAUGAGUCAUAAUACAUCACUGACAGCCAGGCUUAGACCAGGAAAUUUCUUUAUUGUAUUAUUAAAACAACAACAAUUGGUAUUUCCAUUGUUUUGACAGCCACCUGUCACACUGUUAUAACACUAUGAUAAUCAUUAUGACAACAUCACCUGUUUUGUGAAUUGUUUGUGUGUGUGGUGGUGUGCUUGGAUGGGAGGACAGAUAAACAUUCACCACUACACCACAUUACAGUGAUCACACUGAUAGUUCUGGUGACAAACUUCAAUUGGCAAUAUGAACCAAUAUUGAACCUCAAUUGUAACCUCGACAUUGACAUUUUUGGGAAUAAUGCCUGUAUGAAGUAGAUGAAAAACAGGAGUGAGAGGAAAUAUUUGAGAGAAAGCAAAGUGACACAGUGUUCCUUGGGCAGAUUUUGAACCGACGACACUGCAGUCAGCUACAUGGUACAAGACUGUCGGGAGAACAAGACACGUCAUGCUUUACAUUUUUGAACUGAUCAACAGAUUGAACAGACGACUGCAAAGAAAGGGAGGAGAAGUUGUCAAGCAGUCAAGUGAUUAAAAUAUGAAAGAACAGACGGAUGCAGCGAGGGUGUGAUGAAGUGAUUCAUGUGGAGGAGGAAUGAUGGAAAGUUGUAUUCACACACUUGGACAGCCGGGCCAGGCUGGUUUCCACUGGACCUAUUUACAAAGAGUUUCCAGCAGGCAGACCUGGCUGUCUCCUGUGGCUUUAUAGAGCUGUGCGCAGACUCUCCAGGGCUGGGCUCACCUUGUAAACAUCUCUGUUCCGCCAGCAAAGGAGAGAAGGGGAGAAACCUUCCUCGUACUCCGCAAACACAAUGUUGGCCGUGGCUAAAUACGUCGCUCAAAUGACCAUACACUUGAACGUCACGCUGGAUGAGCACACUGGAAUGCUGUUUGCAGCCAGGGCACUUGUUGUGAAGUAAAAGUUCAGGUUUAAACUCUUUCUGUUCGUUAGCCAUGAUAUUAUGUAACACUGAGUUUUUUCAGUUUAACUUUGAAUUUUUAAUUCUCCAUAGUCUGAAAAUCGCAUCAAUAAAUGUGUGAAUAGUAAAGUAAACAUUUUUAUAUAUUGUUUAUUGGCAGAAUAUAAUUAAUUCGGCCUCCAUGUGUGUGUCUUUGUGUAUAUGUGCUCGGGACAUGAGUGACUGUCUUGUUCUCUGGCCCCAGCUUUGUCAUUUAGGUGGAAAUGUAGGUCACACACGCAGAGUGCAUCCAAAUGGCCGAGUUACUUUGGACAUUUACCUUCAAAGUGAGAACCAUGGGUUCCCUGUCUCUGGCCUGGGUGGGAGACGGAUCAGGGGUGCUGCUGGUCUUGACAACAUUUCAGGUGCCGUUGUUCAUGAUGCGUUUCGGUCAGUCUAACCUUUACAGGAGUGAAGACUACGGGAAGACGUUCAAAGAUGUGACUCACCUGAUCAACCACACCUUCAUCCAGACAGAGUUCGGCAUCGCCAUCAGUCCUGACCACUCUGGCAAAGUCAUCCUCACUGGUGAUGUGUCAGAAAUCGGGGGAUUUCGACUGUUUCGCUCACAGGACUUCGGCCUGACGUUUAUCCCAUCUGACCUGCCGUUUGAGCCCCUCAUUCAGAUGCUGUACAACCCAAGAGACUGCAACGCACUUCUGACGCUCAGUAUCACGUUGGACCUGUGGCUGUCUGAGGACUUUGGUGCCACCUGGAGGAAGAUCCAUGACAGUGUUUGUUUGGUCAGAUGGGGUCCAAAGAACAGUAUCUACUUUACAAGAAACAACAAUGGAUCAUGUAAUGAAAAAGGAAUGUUGGAGUUAAGGAAAACGGCAGACUAUGGUAGAAGUUUCCGGACGAUUGCAACAAGAGUUUACUCUUUUGUGCUAGGAGGGCGCUUUGUUUUCGCUUCCAUCAUGACUGGCACGGGUACAGAGCGUAUGAUCCACGUGUCAGUGGACGGAGGCGAGGUGUGGAACAUGGCUCAGCUUCCUAAAGUCAACCAUGAGCAGUUCUACUCCAUCCUGGCAGCCACUCAGGACAUGAUAUUCAUGCAUGUGGAUGACCCUGAAGACUCUGGGGUUGGAACCAUCUAUGUGUCAGAUGACAGAGGAACCGUGUUUUCCAAGUCUCUGGAGCGUCAUCUCUACACUACCACAGGAAGUGACACUGACUUUACCGCCGUUAGUUCCCUCAGGGGCGUCUACAUGACCAGCAUACUCACAGAGGAUGGUGCCGUGGAAACAGUGAUCACCUUUGACCAAGGAGCAAAGUGGCAGACGCUGCGCAGACCACAAAACAGCCAUUGUGACACUGAGACCUCUACUAACAGGCCUAACAGAUGCAGACUUCACAUCCAUGCCUCCUACAGCACCACCAUGAAGAUGAACGUCCCCAUGCUGCCUCUUUCACAGCCCAGUGCUGUGGGCCUCAUUCUUGCCCAUGGCAGUAUUGGAGACGCAGAGUCAUCUCUCUCACCUGACGUGUAUGUGUCUGAUGACGGGGGCUACUCGUGGCUGUUGGCCCUCAGGGGCCCUCAUCACUAUGCUAUAAUGGACUCUGGAGGCCUGCUGGUGGCUGUGGAGCACACCAACUCACCUGUUAAUCAGAUCCAAUUUUCUACAGAUGAAGGGCAGUGCUGGCAUACCUAUAACUUCACCAGCGACCCCUUUCACUUCAGCGGUAUGGACAGUGAGCCCGGCUCGCGCUCCAUGAACGUCAGCCUGUGGGGCUACAGGAAUGACUUCAGUAAAUGGGUGGUGAUCACUGUAGACUUCAGGAAACUCCUCACCAGAGAUUGCAACGAAGGGGACUAUGUGCAGUGGCUGGCUCACUCAGCAGACCCUAGUGGAUCUAGUGAUGGCUGUGUGCUGGGCUAUAAAGAGACCUUCUUACGCCUGAGGAAAGACUCUGUCUGCUGGAAUGGCAGGGACUAUGCUGUCACCAAGCAGCUGUCCCCCUGUCCAUGUACAGUAGAUGAUUAUCACUGUGACUUUGGAUACUACCGGCCAGAGAACAGCUCGGAUUGUGUGGAGCAGAAGGAGUUGAAGGGCCGUCCUCUGGAGUUCUGUUUAAAUGGGACCACCGAACAGCUACAGACCAAUGGCUACCGGAAGAUUCCAGGAGACCGGUGUGAGGGUGGUUUCCAGCCAGACAGGAAGGAGACUGACCUGAAGAGGAUGUGCACCAGCAACGCCCUUCAUCCAAAUUCUCUGACUGAAACCGGUUCAACAAACACUGCUGUCAUAGUGAUGGUUGUCAUAGCAAUCCUGCUGACGAGUGCCGUAGCAGGCGUUUGGCUAGUGAAGAAAUACGUCUGUGGAGGACGGUUCCUUGUGCACCGAUAUUCUGUUAUGAGGGAAAAUGUUGAGGCUAAUAAAAUAGAAGGAGUCGAUGAUAUUGACACCCACUACUUGGAGACAGGAAAAACGCAGUACAACGAAGAUUCAGAUCAGGACCUCUUAGAAUAAGGUGGAGAUUUCGCCCCACUCCAAGGCUCCUCAAGACUAAAUUUAACACAGUCUAUCCUGAUGCCUGGGCACUCCUGUUGCUCCCACAUGCUGAUUAACAUCUGUUUCUCAAUUCUCACUAUCCCCUGGUGGCUGGAGGACUCAACGGCAGCAGAGUGACUUCUCACAUUGCUUCCUUGUACCAGUUGAGGCUCCCACGAAAAAAAGGCAAACUGGUGAUUUGGGGAGGGGGGGACUAAACCCAGUGCAGGACAGAAGAAGGCUCUGAGGUCCCUCGAGAGCUUUUGUUGUUUCUGUCACAAAGAGUUCUGUAAAGACCAUUGAGUCUGAAUAUGUGCUCUGUAUGUUUCCUUUUAUGCUGACCUGAGAAGAGAUGGCCUUUCAUAUUUGUGAUGCACUGCAGACCCGCAAAUCAGAGGACAAGACUUUGAGAUAUCUAGGCUUCUAGACAAUGUUAUAAAAGUAUGUCAGACAACAGCCAAGCAAUAGAACAAAGAAAUAAAUCAUUAAUAUGUUAGCUCAAAGUUUAUGUCUGCUGUCAGUCAAGUAGUUAUUGUACUCUGUAAAUUUAAAACUUGCCAGAUACAGUCCUAUUGUGCAUGGUGGACCAUUUAAACAUUCAUUUUAUUAGUUUCACAAGUCACUAAAAUUGGGCAGUAGCACAUUUUUAAAGACUUCUCACUAUUCUUAUGCUUAGAAAGGAGCACUUUCCAUUUCAUUAGAAAUGACUGUGAGCAAUAGUAUGUCUUAAAAUGUUAUUUGUCACCAUUUUUGACUAGUGAUGUUUCUUGUUUUUACCAUACACAAUCUAUGUGGGUUUUUUUAACAGGUAGAAAGUUUUCAACAGAAUCCCAUCAGGCGAUGCACUUUAAAUGUUUAUCUUUCAGUGCACACUAAUUGCUUUUGUUAUGUAGCCAUAAUAACUGUUGAAUAGAUAUUGUUUUUUUUUCUUAUUUCACUUCACAUUUACUAUAAAAUGUAGGUAAUAUAUAAUAAUUAUUAAUCUAAAGGUCCACGUUUGUUUAUUAUUUUAAUUUUUCCUUCUUAGUUUAAAUUGAUAGACUGAAAAAUAAACUGAUGUGCCCACAAUAAGGAAUAACAACUCAUAGAAUGUUAUUUGGAAAACAAAAAUAGGGACUAGUUUGAAAAAAAAAGCAGUGACUCAAAUUAAAGAAAAUGUAACUUUUAGUGUGAUGACUUAACCUUUUUGACUUUUAAAUAUCUAAAUGUGAGAUAUUUAAUGAAUUAAACUGAAAUUCAAAGUGUCAUAUUGAAAAUGCAAUUCUAACUUAACUUUAAAAGUAACCACAGCAGUCACAUAAGUACAAAUACUUUUUAGAUAUUUGCCCCUAAAAAUAGAAAAGUUAUUAGUAAAAGACACAUUAGUGACUACUAGUGCUUACCUCAGAAAAACUUGUAACUGUUGUUAGCAACCAGAUAAAUGAUGCUGAUUAACAAGAAUAAUAAUAAAAGAAGUCACAAGCAAAGAAAUACUAGUCUUUAAUUUUAGUGCCUAGUGAAACUUUUGGAGUAAAUGUUGAAAGGACCUAGCAUUAUUGUGAAGAAAUAAAAUGUGCAGCUUCAUACAGUUAAUAUCUUCUACUCCCCUGUCUGUGUGGUGUAAAUGAAAGACUUGAAUUAUUGCCAAAGCACUUUUAUCGUUGAAUUUUCUUAUUUUUAAAGGUGAAACCUAACCUUAGCCCAGCAUUGUAUGAAGGUAGUGCUAAUCCAAACUCUUUACUUGAACUUUCUGAUAUUUUUACUUAACAGUAUGCACCAAUAUGUCGCUAUUGUUGUGUCUUUUUUUUUAUCAUUUGGCUGCUAUUUUCUUCACAUCAGCCAGUUCCAAUAUGCAUUUGUGUAAUGAUGUUAAUGCAGGUGCAAACAUAAUCAAGACAAGAUAAUCAAGUGGUUUUUUUUGUUGUUUUUUUUUAAAUCUGGUACUAAUAUGACACUAGAAAAAUUGUCACAGAAAUGCCAGUCAACAAUCAGCUAAACGUUGCCAGAGCAAACAUUUCCAGAAAGCUAUCAGCCAGUACUGAUAGUCUUCUGAUAUGGAUAUAUUGGUGGUGCAUCUCAAAUAAAUUGUCUCACAAAUGUUGGAAAAAAUACAAAAUAAUAAACCUGUCAGUUUGAUAUGUGUGGUGGCCACCGUCAACAACUUUAUUCCGUUCACUGAAUUGCAUCUUUUCAUCCUUUAGAUGAGAUGUUGGCUGGCUAGCAUUUCUAUAUUAACUGCAGUGUAAGAACUGUAACUUUUAACACGUGUGCAGGGCUUAUGGCCAAUUCUUGUUUUCUCUAGCAGAGGCAAUAAUAUCCCAGCGAAUAAGCUAUUGUAAUAAGCUGGCCUAGUAUAGAGGCAUAUUCUCAAGGACUGUUGGGUGGACUCUGUUAGAUAUGAGAGCAAAUUCAUAUGCUUGAUGCUUCUAUACUUACACAACUGUCAGUAAGAACAAAUCCAGCUAUUUACUUGAUUCAAUGAUUUAUUUUUGCACUGUACCUACAGAUCUGUGAAAAAAAGUUGCAUUUGUGCCUCCAUGUACAUCUCAUUUUUUGUUUAAAAAAAAAAAAUUGGGCCAUGAGUUGUGAUCUUCAUUCCAUCUUGUUUUCUCAACUGUUUGCUUGGAUAAGAGUAGGAUGAGUAUCUCUGAAUUAAACCAUUCUGUAGCACAGA